AAUUUGUUUUGGAUUUUUUUUUUAUUUUUUUCUAAAUUAUUAAUGAUGAGCAAGCUUAUAAUAAGCUAGUAGAGUAACAAGGUUUUAAUGACAACUGGUAGCUAUUAUGGAUAAAAAUGAUUACAUAAUAUUUACUCAUAAUGACGAUCGGUUUUAUACACUUUAUAAAAAAAUUUCUAUAUUUAUUGAAAUUUCUUUAGAUUAGAUCUAGACUUAAUCUAUACAAAUAUAAUUUUAUUAAUUUUUUUUUUAAAUUUUGAAGCUUUCAGCUUCUUUCCACAUAGCCUUUACAUUUAAAUUUAUUUAUAAUACUGAAGAAAACGUGUAUGACUCGAUGAUAUUAUAUGACUAAAUAAUAGCUUAUUAUAAAGCAAUUAUAUUAUAUUAUUUGUAUUAUAACGAUAUUUUUCUGUUUAAUACUUAUUAUAAAUCUUUAACAAUCGGUAGAUCUAUUUUCUUCUCAAUCGCUUUUUUUCAAAGUAUAAUGUACAUUUAUCUCAUUUUAAAUUCAGAAAGGACAUUAAUGUCAAAAGGAAUAAGCACCUUAUUACUCCGCACAUAUUUCUCGGAAAAUUGCUUUACGAAGAAAUACAAUGUACUGAUCGUGCGCAACGCAAUUGCACCAAGCCCAAAAUACCGAUGCAGUGACAAAGAAAAACAAACUAGAAAGAAAUAGGAUGGCCCAAAGAAAAUGAUCUUAAUUACCUAGUUGUUAUAUCCUAGUUAUUAUAUAUCUUUUUGUUUUGCCUUGACAAUCGUAUUUUUCAUUUUCUAUAUCACUCGCUGAAGAUGCUCCGUACUAAGAGAAAUGCAUUCUUUGGAGCUGUCACAUCUACGUUUUAGUUUAUCGCCGCUGACCAAGUGCCGCUGCUGCUCCUCGCCUCUCACGUGUUUAAUGACAUGCAAUUUUGCAACGUAUCUUUACCGAGUCCUUGGGCCGGGAAACUAUAUAAACCGAGUGUUUAUAAUUGACCAGGCUAGCUGCCAGGAUUUUUAAUCAGGUAGGAUGUCGUUCUAUGCACUCGCCCUCUUCUGCGCUACCGCGUUUGUGCUCGCCGCGGCCGAGGAUCUAGAGCUUCCCGUGCAAACCUGCCAGCAUGAUUCACCUGACUAUUCGUCUUGCCUGAGACUUGCGAUACAGGAAGCAUGGCCGAACUUUAUCCCAGGUAUUCCGAAACUCGAGUUGCCACCUUUGGACCCGUAUUUUACUGAUGAACAGAGGACCGUAUACGAAACCAAUGAGAUACGCGCAGACAUAACAGUCAAAAAUGUCAACACCUAUGGACUUGCAAAAGCUAACUUUUUGGCUGUGAGAACACACCGUACCGAUGAUUUCUUCAAAUUGGAAAUGGAUGUUGAUUUGCCGAAGGUGCUUAUCGAGGGUAAUUACAAAGCGGAUGGAGCCGUGGGAUCAUUCCAAAUUGGAGGUGAAGGAUUCUUCAAUAUUAGCAUGGAAGAUAUCAAAGCUACAUGGUCAAUGGAGGGACCUGUAGCUAACGAUAGAUGGACUAUUGAACAUUUCCAUCUGAAUCCAGAAGUCGGAAAAAUGCAAAUCUGGUUCAGUGACAUGUUUAACGGCAAUGAGGAACUCAACAAUGCCGCCAUGAAAUUCGUGAAUGAAUACUGGCCGACGUUGUAUCGAGCGAUGCUACCGUUCGUGGCAAAGAAUUGGGACGAACAUCUCACGGAAAUCAGUAAUCGCAUAUUCUCGAAGAUAUCCUUCUCGAAGACGUUCCCUUGAAAUCCUUGAAGACGAUUCUUCGUUCUAACGCACAUAGCAUAGUAGUCGAAAUAUGAUCGAAGAAGCGUCAAAUUGGAGUCAUCAAAUAUUUUAGAUGACUGCUCAAAAUCAGCGUGGAGGAACGCGAGUAUCCUCUCUCUGGAGCCAUCGAACAUCCCGACGUGAUAUGUUUUUUCUUCUUACUGUGCGUAUUCCUGAUAGUGUUAUUUAGAUUUGCACGAUGUCGACAUGCGUGUGAAUAGUGAAUAGCGACAAUGGCGAGUUUAUUAUGUUUAUAAUUAUGUAACGUGUAAACAUAGAUUAUUCUUAGCAUUGUUAUUAUUAUUGUGUUACUACUAGUGAAGUUGUUUAUGUAAAACAUAGACGUAAU